GCGACACAAUGCAGUCUGAUGAGUUGCAAGUGCAGCUUAAGUUAUUAAACGGAGAGCUGAAAUUACAGGUUAGAGGAGCGAGGCGGAUUAAAGUAUUUUUACCGCAAAGCCACGGAGCAAAGGCGCUGAUCUGAAACGGAGAGCUUGGAGACGGAGGGAAGGUGAGAGGACAGAUUGAGGAGGAUCUGGUGGCAGAGAGCUGCUGCCUUCUCCUCCAGAUCUCCGCGGCCUGUGGGCCAGCAUGAAGCAGCCACCAUGGGCUUUCUGGAAAACUACCAGGAGAUCGACCCCGUCACUCUGAACCUUUGCAUCCUCAUCGCCAGCUACGUUAUCUUGCUCCUGGUGUUCCUCAUAUCCUGUAUCAUGUAUGACUGCCGGGGCAAAGAUCCCACCAAGGAGUACGCUCCGGACCCGCAGCCCAGCCAGUCCCCCAUCAGGCUGGUGGUGAUGCAGAGCUCCUCGGCGCCGAUGGGCCGGUGGGACACGGCCAACAUGAUCACCACCUACCACGAACCGUCGCACUCGGACUUCAGGGAGAAGAAGAGCACGAUGGUGUGAAGGACACAGAGCUGAUAAACUCUGUACAUGCCUCACCUUUUUUUUUUUUUUUUUUUUUUUUUGCUUUUUAUUGCUGUACAUACUCGUUUGCUUUUACAUGUUGCUGUUUUGUGCCGGGACAAUGCUUGGAUUUGACCUGCACAGGACCAGA